GAGUCUGUCUGCUGUCAGGAGGCUGGUCUGGACCAUAUGUUGCGUGACCAUUCCUGCAUCACUAUGGUGCGGUCAUUUGGCAUGUUAUGCCUGGAGGUGGAUGUGUUGGAGGUGGCGAUGCUUUCCCUAAAGGACGUCAGAGCUGAAACACUGGAGCGUCCGGUCAACAGCAGCCUCUUUAGGUUAACUGCAUACAGGCAGUUUACCCUGUGGUCCAGAGGGCAUUUGGGGAGGAGGAACCGAAUCCCGAUUCCAGCCUGUGUUGUCCGCUACAUCAGGACUGUUUUUCCCUCUCCAGAAUAUCAUGGCUUUGAGUAUGCUGACAUCUAUGAUGAUUUUUAAGUUUUGUUUGCAAUGUGUGCUGUUUUUGUGAUUAUACAAUUUAUUUUAAGAUUUUAUGAACUGGUUGAAUGUACAUUUAAAUGCUGUUUGAUAGUUUU